AUGACGGAAAAGUUCCAGCUGGAGUUUCCAAACUCCCACUAUUUGGCCAAUCUCUCCAGUCUAAACCUCACAAAUAACAAUAUCCAACUUGGCCGGUUGCCAACGCUCGGAGAAAUCCUCUCCAACAAAACAAAGGCGCCCGUGAAUCUCCACACAUUCUAUCUCUACAUGAAGAUUGUGGAAAACAACGUGGACUACCUUGAUUUCUGGUUCGACUUGGUCAACCACUUAAACCUCUGUAAACAUUACGUGAAAGGGCUUAGAGAAUCUGUAAUUCGUCAGUCGCUGAACCAGUCGGGAUCGCCUUUGGCCAGCAAAAAUCCGUUCAACACCGAGGAGAACAGGGACUCGUUCCCGAUGCUGGAGAAAAGCAACCGCAAGUCGAUCUCGCUGUCUGUGCUCUUGGAUUUAAUCAUCAAAGACCACAUUUUGGAGGACGAGGACUCCAACAGAUUGUCUGCGUUCCUUCGAGGCGACGUCAAUUUGAAGAAUGUAGAUCCCAAGUUGAGACAUAUGAUCGAAGCGUACGACUCGGACGAGGGUGUAGCUCCACCCAGCCCCAUCAUGUACAACGAGACAUACCUGCAGCAAAUCAACGAGAAGCGGGUGUCUUCACAGUCACGACUUGUAGAAGAUUACGAUAUUGGCUUGAGGCCACCAUCAUUGCCUCGCCACUCGCUUACGCCGUCGCUCGUGGAGAAACUUAUUAAGGAUACCCAGGCCACCAGCGACUUCAUUUCGCGCGAGACGCUUCGCCAACUGUCGCACAACCUUCUUUUGAAGUACUUCGUGGAUGACUCCGAGAAGAAUUUAAAUAUAUCACCACAUCUUAACCGCCAAGUGGUCCAUGCGAUCCAAGUCGAGGGAAGAGACGAUCCAGACGUUUUUAAUAUGGUAAAAAGGUAUGUGUUCAGUCGCUUGGAGAGCGACCAUCUUCCUAACUUCUUGAACUUCAUUGCCAUCAAGAACGUCAACAGAACCACCAACUCUCGCAUAGUGGUCGGGUUCUUCUUUUUGUUCAUUUCUUUCUGGAUCGCUUUCUCAUUAAUUUUCCUAGACGAGAAGAAGCGGUACCGCUGUGUUGUUCUUGUGACGUUUUUCGCGGGCUUCUAUUCAUUGGUGUCGUCCAUUUACAAGAUCGACCCAUUUCUUGCGUUAUGCCGCCGGUCGGAAUCGUUUGUGCCACAUCAUAUGUUCAUCAGAGUAGAUGAUACUUUUGUGAGAACAUUGUUGUUGAAGCGUUCUGCGUGGGUGAUCUUUUUGGUUUUUCUUCUCACUGCCGCCAUGAGCGUUCUUUUCUGUUUAGUUCCUGGAAAGCGGUUGUAG